AUGGAACGAUUCUUUAAAAGAAAAUUAUCUACGGAUAGUCCUUCUCCGUCUAAUCCAGAUAGUUCAAAUGCAAGACCAAUUGAAGUAGAUGAGAUACUGGCUAAUCUUCAGGCAGACCCUGGAUUAAGAACUCGAAUGACGGAUUAUAGUCCUAAUAUUCGGGAUGAGAUCCGAAGAACAUAUCUACAAAAGGGACCUUGUCAAUCUAGAAGUUAUAAAUUCCCACAAACUAAUCAGUCGGGAAUUAAUAUACGCUUCAUUGCUCAAUGGUUUGAUGAGUAUGAUUGGUUGGAAUAUAGUAUAGCUAAAGAUGUUGCGUUUUGUCUUCAUUGUUAUCUCUUCAAGCCUAAUUUUGAUCAAGUGGGUGGUGAUGCAUUCACUGGGGUAGGCUUUAAUAAUUUGAAGAAAAGGAAAGAAAGAUUUAACCUUCAUGUUGGAUCGGCUGGUCUUUCUUUUCAUGGUCAUGAUGAAAGUGCACAAUCAAGUAAUAAGGGGAAUUAUUUAGAGCUUUUGCAAUUUCUUGCGGAUCAUGAUGAAAAAGUUAAGGCCGUUGUGUUGGAAAAUGCUCCGGGUAAUUUAAAGUUAAUAGCUCCUUCAAUACAAAAGGAUCUUGUCAAAGCUUGUGCCAAAGAAACUAUUGGUCUUAUCUUGAGUGAUGUAAAAGAUAGAUAUUUUUCAAUAAUGGUGGAUGAAGCACGUGAUGUUUCAAUAAAGGAGCAAAUGGCGAUGGGGUUGCGUUAUGUGAACGACAAAGGAAAAAUAAUUGAAAGGUUGGUGGGGGUUCAACAUGUAACCGACACUACUUCAAGUGCACUAAAGGAAGCCAUUGAUGAAUUCUUUUCUUCCGUGAAUUUGAGCUUUUCCAAGCUACGAGAACAAGGUUAUGAUGGAGCUAGUAAUAUGAGAGGUGAGUUCAAUGGCCUUAAAACAAAGAUUUUGAGAAAACAACCUUGUGCAUUUUAUGUUCAUUGCUUUGCUCAUCAACUUCAACUAGCUCUUGUUGCCGUAGCAAAGAAAAACAUUGAUGUCAACUCAUUUUUCACAACGGCUAAUAGUUUGAUUAAUGUUGUUGGAGCAUCUUGUAAGCGUCGUGAUGCACUUAGAGCACAAUACCAAGAAGAGCUUGUGAAAGCUUUUGAAAAUGAUUGUCUUAUAACGGGGCGAGGCUUAAAUCAAGAAACUAGUCUCAAACGUGCUGGCAAUACAAGAUGGAACUCACAUUAUGGUACGAUGAUUAGUAUCAUUUCUAUGUUCCCAUCUAUGGUGAAUGUGCUUUAA